GGAGUUCCUAGCAGGGCGGAAGUUGUCAUUCUAACCGCUUCCUACUUCCUGCGUCAAAACAUUCCGCUGUGUCUAUGCGGCUUUAACGGCGCUUUUCGGAUUUUCUGAGUGAUUAUGGCUGCGAACAGCAGCACCGGAUCGUCCACGGAGCCUCCUGGACUAGAGACCCAGUGGCGGGAGAUCGACAUCCUGAACCAGCAGCUGCUACGGGCCGGAGACAGCUGGUAUUUGUUGGAUAAAAGAUGGUAUGAUCAGUGGAAAGAGUAUGUACAUGCCGGGGACCAAAAUUCUUCCUCAUAUCCCGGGAAAAUUGAUAACACUGAGCUCUAUGAAGAUCUGGAUUCCUAUCAUCUGAAAGAGAGGCUGUCUGAGAAUGAGGACUUUGUCCUGGUCCCUGCAGAAGCCUGGCAUAAACUUUUGUCAUGGUAUGACAUGAUGGACGAUCAACCUCCUUUGGAGAGAAAGGUUGUUGAUCUUCCCAGCACUGUUAAAGUAGAGGUCUACCCUGUGGAGAUCUACCUCUGUCUUUCUAGCAACAUGGAGAGUACUGUAUCUGCAAGCUUCAGUCGAUCAGACAAGAUACACGCUAUACAUCAAAAGAUACGGCAACAUUUUAACGUGUCAGAGACUGCUGAGAGCCGACUGUGGAUGAGGAGUACAGAUACAAGCUCAGAGAGGCUACGCAACCUUAACAUGACUGUCCUAGACACCUGCCUCAGCUCCGGCAUGACAGUGAUUAUGGAGAUCAGGAAUGCGGAUGGUACGUGGCCCACAUCUAGGCCUCAGAUCAUGCGGAACUCUGCUGAUGAGGACUCGUAUCGAGGGCCUCCUGGAGUGUGUGGCCUCACAAACCUAGGCAACACCUGCUUCAUGAACUCUGCUUUACAGUGUCUGAGUAACACGCCACCACUGACUGAGUAUUUUCUGAGGAACUCGUAUCUGGAGGAGCUGAACUUCACCAACCCUCUGGGCAUGAAGGGAGAAAUUGCUGAAGCCUACGCAGAUGUUAUCAAACAGAUGUGGUCAGGCAGGCACUAUUCUGUGGUUCCUCGGGUAUUUAAGACCAAGGUCGGCCACUUUGCGUCACAGUUUCUGGGCUACCAGCAACACGACUCUCAGGAGCUGCUGUCUUUCCUGUUGGACGGUCUGCAUGAAGACCUCAACAGGGUUAAAAAGAAGGAGUAUAUUGAACUCAGGGAUGCUGAUGGCAGACCUGACCAGGAAGUUGCUGAGGAAGCAUGGCGCAACCAUUUGCGGCGGAACGAUUCGGUCAUUGUCGACACAUUCCACGGGUUGUUUAAAUCAACGCUGGUGUGUCCCGAAUGCAACAAGGUCUCUGUGACCUUCGACCCCUUCUGCUACUUGAGCGUGCCCUUACCUGUUAGUAAGGAGAGGGUCAUGGAGGUGUUCUAUGUAUCGCUGGAUCCCAUGGCCAAACCAACCCAGUAUCGUCUGAUUGUACCUAAAGCUGGCCGAGUGAUUGACCUGUGCACUGCCCUCUCUCAGGCAACAGGAGUCCCUCCCAACCAGAUGGCUGUGGCUGAUGUUUUCAAUCACCGCUUCUAUAGGAUUUACCAGGCUGACGAAUCCUUAAGCUGUAUAUUGGACCGGGAUGAUAUAUUUGUGUAUCAGCUGAGCAACGGUUGUGUGGAUAAGGAUGGUGAGGAGGUGGUUAUGGCCAUCUAUAUGCGUGAACGCUCCCAUUACAGAGAUUACGGCUCUGGAAGCAACAACUAUGGUACCUCCCUGUUCGGUCACCCGCUGCUGAUGACUGUGCCACGCACCCAGUGCACACGGGAAGAUCUCUACCAGCUCAUCCUCAAAAGACUGGCGCGAUAUGUCCGUCCCCUUGACCCUUCAGAAGAAGUAGAGGAGGAGGAAGAAGAAGAUGAGGAAGAUUUGUACAAGGCUCAAACCAAUGGAGUUAGUGAUGAUGAGGGCGAGGAAGACUCUGAGGAGGCAGGGCCAUCUAAGAAAGAGGAGGAGACUCAAGAAAGAGGCCAUGCCGAAGAGCAGAACAACUGCCAAUCAGAAGCCAGCCCGAGCAGCGACGGGGAGGAGAGAGCUGAGGAGGAGGAGUCGAGCAGCGAACCGGACCGGGGCAGCAGUACAGAGGAGGGCCAAUCAGCAUGCGGCAGCACUGACACCAACUCCCAAGAUGCCACUGACGGGAACCAAAGUACUGGUGUGGAACCUUUGGCAAAGGAGGAAGAGGACGAAGAUGACGAUGAGGAAGAAGAAGAGGAGGCCGCAUCUUGCGCUCAGGCAAACAAGAAGCUUCCGGGAAGACGGCGCUACACUGAGAAGCAGAAAAAAGCCCUCUUUACCAUUCAGGCGGUGAACUCUAAUGGCACCACGGAGCGAGGGAUGGGAGAGGCGGACGGUGGCUUCUCCUUCAGCUCUCAGCCAUACAUCGCCAUCGACUGGGACCCUGACAUGAAGAAGAAGUACUACAAUGAGAAUGAAGCCGAGAAAUAUAUAAAGCAUCAGAGCAUGGACGUCCCUCACCAGCAAAUCACAGUGCAGCUGCAGGAAUGUAUAGAGCUCUUUACCACAGUAGAGACACUGGAAGAGGAAAACCCCUGGUAUUGUCCAACAUGUAAAAAGCAUCAGCUUGCUACUAAGAAAUUGGAUCUGUGGUCUUUGCCUGAGGUUCUUAUCAUCCAUUUAAAGCGCUUCUCCUACACAAAAUACUCUCGAGAGAAACUGGAUACCAUCGUGGAGUUCCCCCUGCGGGAUCUGGACUUCUCAGGUUUCCUCCUAAAGAAGACCGUGAACAGUACUGAACCUCCCUGUAGAUAUGACCUGAUCUCUGUGUCCAACCACUUCGGCGGACUCCGAGAUGGACACUAUACUAGUUACGCUCAGAACAAGGACAAUGGUCAGUGGUAUUACUUUGACGACAGCAAGGUGACCUAUGCAAGGGAGGAACAAAUAGUGACCAGCGCCGUCUACCUUCUGUUCUACCAGCGCCAAGACAAGAUCCGCCAGCCCACCGUCCCUCCACCCGUCCCCUCCUCCAGCCAGCCCGAGAACCACGUCUCAUCCCAGACCCAUGAUGGCAUGGAUGGAGCCUCUUCCUGUGUCAGCAUGGAGACGGACUGAUUUCUAUCCACUUCAUUCUUUCUCCCUCUCAACUUCAUAAUCAACAGAAACUUGAAGCUUCGCCUCUGCUCUGACUGCGACAGGAAGUGCAAGGCAGGGGCACCUCUCUCAGGCUGGUGCACGAGCAUCAUGGGGUGGGAAUGUAGAUUUAUGUGUUGUUUUUUUAUCUGUAUGACAAACUCAAGGAAACGGGUUAGGCUGGUAUCGGCGGAUUCAGAGAUCAUGCACUGAUUUGUCUGCGGCGUGCUUCAGUGACGAUGAGAAUUCGGAGAAUGAGGUUUGCACCACAGUUCAUCGUCACCGACAUUCUC